CACAUCCUAUACUAGUUACAUCACAUAUACAAGUAUUAAAGAAAAUACUGUAAAUAAUAUCUAUAUAUCUAUAUAUGUUCUUUUUGUUUGAGGUUGGAUAGACACCGAAAGAAAAUAUAAGAGUGGAGAGAAAAAAAAAACUGAGGAAAAGAUAAGACAUAUAUGGAUACACAAAGAUUACCCAAGAAAGAAGAAGAUGAUUAUCAACCUUCUUCAACCAUCGAGUCCAUAAAUGAUUUUGACAGCAUUUUCGACCUCAACCUUGACGGUUCAAAAUGCUCUCAAGAACUCACCUGGGAUUUCUUUAAAGAAGAUCAUGAAGAUGUAGAGGAAGAAGAGAAAAGAUUGAGUACUGAUCAAGAAGGCUCAAGUUCUGGGGGUUGGGAUAAUAAUAUGUCGACGGAUUAUGAAGACAAAGAGUUGAGUCUGAAGCUGAACUUGAACCAUCAAGAAGUUAUUAAUGCUUGGUCUGAUCGCCCCCAGCAACCUCUGUGGACAAACACUUCACUGCUAAGGGGUCCGGCCAAUGCCCUUUAUAGUGGGGAAGUACCGGUGAUGGAUGAAGGGAGAAACAUGAGACGAGAAGCGAGUGUGUUAAGAUACAAAGAGAAGAGACAAAGUAGGCUCUUCUCUAAGAAGAUAAGGUAUCAAGUCCGAAAGCUUAACGCCGAUAAACGACCUCGUUUCAAGGGUCGAUUCGUGAGAAGAGAGACUUAAAAAGGAAAAGAAAAUAUCUGGAAGGAAAAUAUCUCCAAUCUUCGAUAUGUUUUUUUUAGUAGUACUAUUAUUAUGACCAAAAAAAAAGUAGUACUAUUAUUAUGAAUAUUUUUUAUUUUCAUAUGUAUUUGUGCUUUCUGAGAUAUCAUUAUCAUCUUUUACAACUUUGUCAAAUUUGAAACGAAAAUAUCUCCUCGACGAAAAGAAAAAGAGAUGCAAAAUAUCUUAUAAAGCAAAGGAGUUGAAGAUUACAUUAAGAGGACGUUUAUGGUAAGUCUUUGUUGAGUUCGGUGGGGCCUAAGUCUAAAGAGGUUCCAUCACCACAUGUUUAAAUCCAAAACUACCCAAUCCGUUGUCGGGGUCAGUGUACCAAACUGUGUAUCAACAGAAAAACUUCAUAUUACUGUCAGUGAGUGAUAAUGCUCCUUUUACAACAGACGUUCAGAUUCUGCUGAAGCGCUCAGUUAAUGUUAUUGUAAAAAACUA